AUGAACGAUGCCGUUUAUGAUCUCCGCCGGACACGAUCGCUUCCGAGUGAGAACGAAGCCUUUUCAAACAACAUCGAGAGAGGCUGCAUAUCACCGACUGUCAAUCGAGAGUCUAUCGAGUAUGCAUCCGAUUCCAGCUGCGAGGGUUAUAGGGAGUUUCAGAAACAACAAAUCGAAAGAAGAAAUUCAUCCCCAAUUGCAGCGUCCAGUGCUUUUACUAUCGACAGUAUUCUUGGGAGAAAUGAGAAAAGAGAAAUUUCGAGAAUAAAUAAUUCCGGUGAUAAAGAGGAAGAUCAAGACGAUACGGAUGACAGGAUAGAGGGACACUUUGUCAAGCCAACAGCGAUACCAGCCACACGUUCUGAUAUAGAAGGGAGUUUGUAUACUCAUGCGGGAUUGCCGUACUCCGAAGGUGCACUAUCUGAUCCCUCGGCAUAUUCUGCAACAUCACUCGCAUCAGCUUCAUUACUAUAUAGUAGCUGGUUUGCUCAAACAAAGCCUGGACAGCUGUUUGGUUUACAAGCACCUAAACCGAGUGGCAGGAGAUCGAGAAAACCGGGUAUCGAUCGGAAACCACGUCAAGCUUACAGUGCAAAACAGCUGGAGAGACUUGAAGCGGAGUUUAAGAUUGACAAAUAUCUCAGCGUGAGCAAGCGGAUGGAGUUGUCCAAGUGUUUGAAUCUCACCGAGGUGCAAAUCAAGACGUGGUUCCAGAAUCGCCGCACGAAGUGGAAGAAGCAGCUCACGUCCAGGUUGAAGAUCGCGCAAAGGCAAGGACUGUUUCCACCGACGUAUUUCCCGACCACCCAGUAUCCUCUUCUUCCGUACUAUGCGGCGCCUUUGAUGUUCGGCACCCCUUUGUCGGACGACGCGAAUUCUAGCUUGCCGACCCGAUCCGCUGUAUCGUCUUCGGAUACGGUCUGACGCAGUACAGACUCGAACUACUUGGUCGAUCGUCGGCCGGACGAUUGCGAAGUGCAAUAAGACCUUCCGUUGGCUACUGCAAAGUUCUCGGUGUUGCUCUGUCUUUUUUUUUUUUUUAUUUAUGUUACCUCAUAUUCUCAUUUGAAAUUUAGACACCGUUGAUAUAAUUGUAAGAAAUCUGUAUUGUAAAAGUGUGCGAACUGCAAAGUGACUUCUUUCUUUAAGAUUUCUCGAUAUUAUUGAAACUUUGUUAUACAUAAAUGAUGAUUGUAUACAUAUUUACGUUACAAGUGUGCAAAAAUUUCGGGACAUGCUCUGAAUUCAUUCGUGACUUUCUGCAGUAGCAAAGCAAGAUUACUCUCUAAAUCUCAUGGAGUGAAAUCUCACUCGAAGAGACU